AUGCCCCACCUUCCGAGAGCUUCUGCUCUUUCAGCUUUCCGUGCAGCUCCCCAAAUCCGCGCUCCUAUCAACAGACGCUUCUUCACUCCUUCAGCAUACAACAUGGCCAUCAAGGCUUACUUUGAUUGCUCCUGGACCGGGCCUACCAUUGAGGUCGACAACGCCGGCAACGUCACCAGCCAGGGCGAGGUUAAGGCGCAAUCCGGUCGCGUCAACUUCGAGCUCUUCGACGAUGUCGUUCCCAAGACGGCCGAGAACUUCCGCGCUCUCUGCACCGGCGAGAAGGGCUUUGGCUACCAGGGCUCAAAGUUCCACCGCGUGAUUCCUCAGUUCAUGCUCCAGGGUGGUGACUUCACCCGCGGCAACGGCACUGGAGGCAAGUCCAUCUAUGGCGAAAAGUUCGCCGACGAGAACUUCAAGUUGAAGCACGACCGCCCCUUCCUCCUCUCCAUGGCCAACGCUGGCCCCAACACCAACGGCUCCCAAUUCUUCAUCACCACCGUCGUUACCUCAUGGCUGAACGGCAAGCACGUCGUCUUUGGUGGUGUUCCCGAUGGCGAUGUCGAGUCCUACAAGGUUGUCCGAUCAAUCGAGGCUUGCGGCUCCAACAACGGAAGCAUCAAGUACAAGGAGGGCCCACCUACCAUCACUGGUGCUGGCGUCCAGUAG